AAACAAAAAGCCUUCACCACUCCCUCUUAGCUCCACACAAACGAAAUAAUCAAACAAAUUUUGAAAUGCCGAGAUCAGCCAACGGAUCAGAUGCCUCCUUCGCAAUUCUCAUCACCGGAGUCAGCAAAGGCAUCGGCCGAGCUUUGGCGUUAGAGUGCGCUAAGCGCGGCCACACUAUCAUCGGCUGCUCUCGUAGCCAGGACAAGCUCGACUCUCUUCGAACACAACUCCUCUCUCCAGACAAACAUUUGCUCUUCAACACCGACGUGACGUCGAAUAGUAGCGUUCAGGAUCUAGUUAAUGCUGUCUUGGAAAGAAAUCUUAUUCCAGAUAUUCUCGUAAAUAAUGCAGCUGUGGUUAAUGAAAAGUCCAAGUUCUGGGAGAUUCCAAUGAACGAAUUUGAUUCUGUCAUCGAUACAAACGUAAAAGGGACAGCAAAUGUACUCCGUCAUUUCAUUCCUCUUAUGAUUGCAAGCGAGAAGAGAAUUAUUGUUAAUAUGUCUUCCGAAUGGGGAAGAAUGGGUGCUCCUAUGUUUUCGCCUUAUAGCACUUCAAAGUGGGCGAUUGAGGGUUUGACCAAAUCAAUAGCACCAGAAUUGCCAGAGGGAAUGGCUAUUAUUGCGCUUCAUCCCGGUGUUAUAAACACAGACAUGCUUGUUACGUGCUUCGGUGAUUUGGCUGCUAACUACCAAACUCCAGAACCAUGGGCGGUAAAAGCCAGCACGAUGAUUCUGAAUUUUACAUCUGCUGAUAAUGGAGCAUCUCUGAGUGUUGAUGAAUAAGGUAAAUUUUACAAUUUUUACCUUCUUAGACAAUUUUAUCAUCUAAUAAGUUUUUCAAAUUUGUAUAAUAAGUUACAAUGAGAGGUAGAGUGUACCCUCUCCUAUAGAGAAGAUAAAUACGAACAAAAAUUACUUUGUUGGGAUAGGAAUCAAAAAGAAGUUGUAAUAUGAUCACCCUUUUAUAUUCGAGGAUUUGGUUGACAUAUUUUUAUCAAUAAAAUGUUAAUUUAUAUAA